UGAGUGUCCACUCCUGCUGAAACUGUUGAUCCGAGUUGGGUAAACGUUAGCUUGUGGCUGAGGGAGUCUGUCAAUCGCUUCUUAUCUUGUUCAACGAGUCGUGCCAAAUAGUAGCACAUGCUACAAAUUGAUGCCCUGGUAAGUUAAAUGUCAGUGAGUCCAGAUGCAUGAGUCUGGGUCAGAGCAGACAACCUGCACCAGUCCAGCCAAUCAGACAGAGAAUGGGGACAGUGCUGAAAGGGACGAUUGGCUGAGCACUCAGACUCCAACUCCAGAGGGUUCCGGGGCUGACAGCCAGCAGCAAAACCAGGUUCCAGUCUCGGUGUCUAUGAUGACACCUCCGGUGGAGACUCUUCAGCAGACACUGCAGCAGGUCCUCAACCCACAGCAGAUCCAGGCCCUGCUCCAGCAGCAGAAAGCACUCAUGUUACACCAGCAACACAUACAGGAUCUCUGCCAGAAACAGCAGGACCAGUUCAACGCCCAGCUCCUACAGCAGAAGCAUGCUGAGAAGUCAGAGCAAGAGCAGCUAACAGCCCAGCACAUGGUCAUCCAGCAGCAGUUCUUGCAAGUCCAACAGCAGCACCUCCUCAGCCUCCAGAGACAGGGUCUCCUGUCUGUCCUGCCCUCCAUGAGCCCCUCUACAGCUCAGGGUUUAGUGAAAGGGUGUGAGUAUAGUACAAGCCUGCCCUCUGGUGGUGAGUAUCCAGCCACUUUUCAGAAGAACCUGCUCCACAGCCAGCAGUCCACCACUAAUGGGAAUCAUAAAUCACAGCCACUAAAGAAGAAAGACAGUGGUCCUGUGGAUGAUCACUCACAAAACACUCACCCUCUCUAUGGACACGGCAUGUGCAAAUGGUCUGGCUGUGAGGCAGUCUUUGGAGACUUUCAGGCUUUUCUCGAACAUCUGAACGGUGAACAUACACUGGAUGACAAGAGUACAGCACAGUGUCGAGUGCAGAUGCAGGUUGUUCAGCAGCUAGAACUGCAGUUGAAAAAAGACAGAGAGCGUCUGCAAGCCAUGAUGUCUCACCUCAAAUCCUCUGAGCAAAUGUCAAAACCAGCAACACCAACAGUGGAUCUUAUGCCCAACGUUGCCUUCUCCCAGGUGACAUUUCCCAAGGUGCUUCCUCCCAUGAGCUUGUCUCAAAGUGCCACUGCUCCUUCCACACCCCUGACACCUCCCCCGACCUCCUCUAUCAUCACUCCCAACACCCUGCUCACUGUGAGCCCUGGGAGGAGACGGUACUCAGACAAGUACAGCAAGAACAUGAAUCAAGAUAUUGUUCAGAAUAAAGAGUUCUACAUCAGUACGGAAGUUAGACCACCAUUUACAUAUGCAGCCCUAAUAAGACAGGCAAUAUUUGAAUCACCCUAUAAGCAGCUGACACUAAAUGAAAUCUACAAUUGGUUCACACAAACGUUUGCAUAUUUCAGACGCAAUGCAGCAACAUGGAAGAAUGCAGUGAGACACAACCUCAGCCUCCACAAGUGUUUUGUGCGAGUGGAGAACGUAAAAGGAGCUGUGUGGACAGUUGAUGAGAUGGAGUUCCAGAGGAGAAGACCCCAGAAGCCUGCUGGUGAAGGAUCUUUCAGAAGAGAGAACACUGGCCAUGGUCACAGCUCAGCUUCCCUUACUCCUAAGCAGGAAGAGAUGAAUGCAACUCUCUGGUAUGGGAAUGGAUCCUACAGUGACAGCAGUGAAGAGCAGUACCCUAUGCACCCCCUCGUAAAAGAAGAGCUAAUGGACGAGGAGGCAUAUGAGAAUGUGCCCCAUGACUGUUCUGAGACUGAGAGCUCUGAUGAGCACAGCUCAGAUGUGGACCAAGACGAAGAUGGCGGUAGCCCAGAAAGACCCAACCUGCAGCUGGCUCAUGUGCCUUCGCAAUGAAAGAGAGAAUGCAUUCCAAACUGUCAAUCUCCACUGCACUCCCACAUUGGAAAACUAUGAAAUAUACCAAAUGACUUGGUAGAACUAUUUCAUAUCAAGUGACUAUUUAUUGAAGAUGUUUUAUGCUCUGUUGUACUGGCAUCAUUUGUACUGGGUAUUAUCCACCCAAGCUCACACUGAAGACAACAGAACCUAUUAUUGUAACACCGCUUGUCCUCAAAUAAUGUAUUCGUAUUGGCUUAUUGUGAGGCAGUACAACCAAUGAUGAAGCCCUAUGGGGAGCUGGUUCAGUGAUGCAGAGUUAUGUUCUUUCUUCAAUGUCUUUUGUUUCACUCUUUCAUGAAUAUGUAUAUUUAAUAACCAGAGCAUUGGCAAUAUUUAUGGACAGUACUUCAUGAAGAUGAAUGUUUGUUUUCUCCCACAAACGUGUUUAUUUUUUACCUAUGUGAGUACCAGACAACCUGCAGAUAGUAAUCCUGUGUUCCGUUUGUGACAUGACAUCAUUGAUAAUUGGUUACUUUUACACUGCCAACAAUAUGAUUUCCACCACCGUUCAAAAGUUUGGGGUCACUUAGAAAUGUCCUUGUUUUUGAAGGAAAAGCAAUUUUUUUUGGUCCUUUUGAAAUACCAUCAAAUUGAUCAGAAAUACAGUGUAGACCUUGUUAAUGUUGUAAAUGACUGUUGUGGCUGGAAACAGCAGAUUCUUUAUAGAAAAUCUACAUAGGCGUACAGAGUCAGAAACCAUCACUCCUGUGUUCCAAUGGCAAGUUGUAUUAGCUAAUCCAAGUUUAUCAUUUUAAAAGGCUAAUUGAUCAUUAGAAAACCCUUUUUACAAUUAUGUUAGCACAGCUGAAAACUGUUGUUCUGGUAAAGAAGCAAUACAACUGGCCUUCUUUAGACUAGUUGAGUAUCUGGAGCAUCAGCAUUUGUGUGUUCUAUUACAGGCCCAAAAUGGCUAGAAACAAAACUUUCUUCUGAAACUCAUCAGUCUAUUCUUGUUCUGAGAUAUGAAGGCUAUUCCAUGUGAGAAAUUGCCAAGAAACUAAAGAUCUUGUACAACGCUGUGUACUACUCCCUUCACAGAACAGCACAAACUGUCCCUAACCAGAAUAGAAAGAGGAAUGGAAUGCCCCAGUGCACAACUGAGCAAGAGGACAAGUACAUUAGAGUGUCUAGUUUGAGAAACAGACACCUCACAAGUCCUCAACUGGCAGCUUCAUUAAAUGGUACCCUCAAAACACCAGUCUCAAUGUCAACAGUGAAGAGGUGACACCGGGAUGUUAGCCUUCUAGGCAGAGUUGCAAAGAAAAAGCCAUACCUCAGAUUGGUCAAUAAAAAGGAAAGCAUCCCAGAGUCGCCUCUUCACUGUUCACUUUGAGACUGGUGUUAUUCGGGUAUCAUUUAAUGAAGCAGUUGAGGACUUGUGAGGUGUCUGUUUCUCAAACUAGACACUAAUGUACAUGUCCUCUUGAUAAAUGAUGCACUUGAAUUAGUUAACACAACGUGCCAUUGGAACACAGGAGUGAUGGUUGCUGAUAAUGGGCCUCUGUAGAUAUUCCAUUACAAAUCAGCCAUUUCCAGCUUUAAUAGUCAUUUACAACAUUGACAAUGUCUACACUGUAUUUAUGAUCAAUUUGAUGUUAUUUUAAUGGACAAAAAAUGUGCUUUUUCUUUUAAAAAACAGGACAUUUCUAAGUGGCCCCAAACUUGUGAACGGUAGUGUAUGUAUAACCUCUGUUGGGAUAUAAUUAUUUGUGUAGCCUCCUAAUCUAAUUUUUUUCCCACUGGCCCAAACAUUGCUUUUUGGUCUUAUUUACCAUUGUAUUGUACAUUGCCAGAUUUGUGCACUAAAAGCUGUCUGUAAUAAAUGCUGUAUCUAAA